GCUCACGCCCGCGGAUGGGCGCGCGGCUGUGACGUCACUGCGUCGUUGGUAAGGGGCUGGCGGCCGGGGAGCUGCGUAGCUCCCGGCCCCGAGGCCAUGCCCAAGCGGGGCUGCCCUUUCGCGGACGCGGCCCCGCUACAGCUCAAGGUCCGCGUGGGCCAGAGGGAGGUGAGCCGCGGCGUGUGUGCCGAGCGCUACUCGCAGGAGGUCUUCGAGAAGACCAAGCGACUCCUCUUCCUCGGGGCCCAGGCCUACCUGGACCAUGUGUGGGAUGAAGGCUGUGCCGUCGUUCACCUGCCAGAGUCCCCAAAGCCUGGCCCUACAGGGGCGCCGAGGGCUGCACGUGGGCAGAUGCUGAUUGGACCAGACGGCCGCCUGAUCAGGAGCCUUGGGCAGGCCUCCGAAGCUGACCCAUCCGGGAUAGUGUCCAUCGCCUGCUCCUCAUGUGUGCGAGCCGUAGAUGGGAAGGCCGUCUGCAGCCAGUGUGAGCGAGCCCUGUGCGGGCGGUGUGUGCGCACCUGCUGGGGCUGUGGCUCUGUGGCCUGUACCCUGUGUGGCCUCGUGGACUGCAGUGACAUGUACGAGAAAGUGCUGUGCACCAGCUGCGCCAUGUUCGAGACCUGAGGCUGGGUCAAGCCGGCUGUCUUCACGGAGAGCCACGCCGUGCAUGGCAGCCUUCCCUGGACAAGCGCUCGGUGUUCAUACUGAACUGUGGGGUCAGUGGGAAGGCCUUUUACAUGUUCUAUUUUGUAUCCUAAUGACAGAAUGAAUAAACCUCUUUAUAUUUGCACAAGA